AUGGCGUUUUGCAAGAUUCUUCCUAUGGAGAUCACAUUAGACAUUUUCGGUCGAGUACCAAAUGAAUCCGUUCUUGACUGCAAAUUAGUAUGCACCAGUUGGAAUAAUCUUCUUCGUCAUCCAUCAUUCUCCCGGAUGUACUUGUAUAUCUUUAUUCAUCCUUCUAAUUUUGGUGCUCAUUCCGGUAAGUUGGGUUUUCUUGCUUUGACAUUUAUGAAUGAUUCUUUUUGGUAUUUUGAAUAUAAUGAGAACCAUGAUCAGUCUACACCACCCAUUCAAAGGAUUACAAGGAUUAAUUUCACCCCACCAUUCACGAGAGUUAAAUAUCUUAGCUCGUGCAAUGGAUUGAUCUUUCUUGCCAGAUACCCAUAUUUAGAAGCAGCAUCUCUUUGUAUUUGUAACCCCAGUACCAAAGAACAUGUUUUGAUUCCUGAAAUUGAGAGAGAUUGGGAUACUAAUGAUGAUCAGUAUAUCUGUGGGAGAGAUUGGGAUAUUGAUGAUGAUCAGUAUAUCUGUUGGAGUCAUUCAUGGAUGUUGGAAAUACUAAUUUGUAAUCUAAACUGGUUUGACUAG